AUGCUAUUUGAUCAAAACAAAACAGAUCAAUUAAAGCUUAAUCCCAAAUAUUAAAAUCUCUUAAAAUGGGGAAUCGAUAAUGGAGUCAUCAUUAAAGAUGUAGAUAUGCCAGCAGCCUUUGGAGAUUUAACUGGAGUUGUUGCUACUAAAGAUAUUCCUCCUAAUACAGUAUUUUAACAUUAUUAUUAAUACUCAAGGCUAUUAUUUGUGUACCAUAACCCUUAAUAAUAUCCUAAGAAAAAUGUAAAAUUAGCUCCUUAUCUAUUGUCUAUGAUAAACAUCCAGAAUUAUUUGAUGAAAAUGAAACAUCAGAUGCUGAAUUCAAUAUCCUAAGUAUCAUUGAAUAUUUAUUUAGUUUUUUAUUUGUACAAUGAAAAGAAAAAAGGUGAACACUCAUUCUAUCAUCCAUAUAUUUAAGCUAUAUAAUCCAAUAAUACUUUAAUAGAUUGGUCUACAGAAGAACUAACUUAUAUUGAAGAUCCAAUUAUUCUUGAUGAAUUUGCCAUUGUUCGUGAUGACCUCAAAGAAUUAUGGAACUAAGCCAAAAAUAUCUUUAGUGAAUUUGUACAAGUCUUUGGAGAAACUAGACCUACAGAUAAGGAAGAUUUUUAUUGGGCUGCUUAAAGUGUUAUGAGUAGAUGUUUUGGUUGGUCAUUGAAAUCUACUAGUAUGAUUCCUAUAGCUGACUUUCUCAAUCAUUCUAAUAAAGCUUGUACACAUUAUAUAGUUCAUUCCAAAAUUGAAAAACUUGAAUAAGAAAGAAUAAUUGCGGAAUAAAAAAAAAACAAUAAUCAAAAUAUAUAAAGCGAUUUUGAAGAUCUAGAAAAAUUAGAAGAAUAAUUAACAAAAUUAGUCUAAGAUUAAUAUAAAUUUAAGGCAAAUAAAAUCAAUUUAGAUAUUCUUAAUAUACCAUAAGAUUAAUCUUAACUAAAAAAAUUUGUUGAUUUAAAGAAGAAUUAUAUUUUAUCAAAUUAGCAAUUUCUUAAUCAAAAUCAAUUAAAAGAUAUUGAUAAUCUUGAUAAUAUUUCAAAUUCAGAUAAAAGAGCCAUGAUCAAUUGGAUCAAUUAUGAACAAAUUAUAUAAAACCCAUAAAUCAACUUAUGGGAUUUAGGAUUUGUUACUUCUUCAGAUAGUGAAGAUAAUGAUUCAGAUGAAGAAGUUGAAACAGCCAGAAACAAAUAAUUUGAAACUUUGAAAAUUAAAGAAUUAUCUGAUUGGAAAAUUAAAUUUUAAGAAAAAAAACUUUAGAGAGCUCAGAAAAUUGAUAAAACUUAAUAAGAUAUUAAAUAACAAUAGCUUAAUUAAACAGAGUCUUAAAAUUUAGAUGAAAAUAAUAGAUAGAGUCAGGAAGAUACAAAAAAUUAAAAAGAAACUGAAAGCAUUUUGACAAUCUGUUUAAAUAAUGGUAUUUUUUGAAAAUAAUGUUAGAAAAGAAAAACUUAGUAACAAUCAAAGGUUUGCCUCCUGAAUAGAUCUAAGCUUUGAAAUAAAGAUAAUAAUAAAUGAUGGAGGUUCAACAAUAACAAAUUGAACCACUUAUUUAGGAAUAAAAAUAAUAGUAGGAAUAAGAAACUGAAAGUGAUAGCAGUGAAGAGUCAAAAUGGGAUUGGCUAGAAGAAAAUGAUAAAGAUGCUUAUUUUUGUAUUACAACAACAGAACCUAUAAAAAAAUAUGAAUAAGUUACUGUUUCGUAUGGAAGAAGAACUAAUAGAUUCUUACUUAGCUGGUAUGGCUUUACAUUACCUGAGAAUAAAUAUAGCUCCUUUAAUUUUAGGGUAUAAAGUUGGUUCUAAAAAAGUUAUGGCUUAAUACAGAUAUUUGUAAAGAGAAGAUUACAAGUCAGAAAUAGAUUUUUGACACAAUCACCAUUAAUAAGUUGAUUUGCUCAGAGGAAUGGGAUACAGGUAAAAUCAAAUUUAAUGGACAUGAAAUACCUAUUUCAUCUAUUACUAAAGAAUUUAGAAUCAAAAAGAAUAAAUUAAAUAUGGAUUUGCUCAUGUAUUUGAGAUUAUACCUUCUGCUCUAUCAAGUCUAAGAAAAAGAUGUCUUAAUCACUAUACCUGUAUCAUUAGAUUAUGAAAUUUUUGUAAUGCAAUUUUGUAUCUAAUUGUUACAACAUUAUCUAAAUUCCUAUUCUUAAGAAUUGGCUUAAGAUAUAAAAGAAUUAGAUUCUUAAAUAUCUUUCUCAAGAAGAUUUGCAGUAAAAAUUAUUUUGAAAGUUAGCUCUACAUUAAUAAAGAACGAAAAGAGAUACUCAUCAAUUAGAUUAUGAUUUUAUUAGAUGCAAUCAUUAUCUUAAAAAAUUACAAAGAAAGCAAUGAUUUGAAAUAGUCUUACAUAUAAGAGAUACGUUAUAAUGUCUAUUAUAAAAUGGAAAUUUUACGAAGCUUAAAAGUAUAUCUCAAAUCAAUUCAUGAAUUUCUAUGA